CCACCAAGAGAAAGUCAUUCAUGGCCAGAUUGAGGCUGUUUCUACUUCUGCUGCUGGCCCUGCCACCACAGCCCUCCUCCUCACUGCCAUGGCCAGACACCGCACAGGGCACCAUGGCAGGCCUGAUCCUGACUGCGCUAGAGAAAGCCACCUUGUUCCUGGAGGACAGGCUGCCUAAUAUCAACCUGGAUGGUGCAGUGGGAUUCCAAGUCUUGGAAGUGCAACUCCAAGGAGUCCAGAAAAAAUGGGCUUCCGACCCCCUGCUGCGGCCUCUCAGCCUGCGUGCUGGACAGUUGGCCAACACGCUGUCUGUCCUGCUCCAAAAAUCCAUCUUCUACCUCAAGAAGAGUGACCCCACAUACCUAAGAGAGUUCCAACCAAGCCUUCAACCUGGGUUUUGGAAGCUGCCCCAUGCCUGGACGCGCACCAAUGCCUCCCUGGUCUACCCCUGGCUGGAGGCCGUGGAUUCGUUCUCAGAGGAAAGCAGCGAUGCGUGCCUGGUGCAACUGCUAGGAACAGGGACAGACAGCAGCCAGCCUUGCAGGCUCUCCAAUUUCUGCAGAACCCUUAUGACUAAGGCCGGCUGCUCAGACUACAGCCUGUCCCACCAGCUGCUCUUUUUUCUCUGGGCCAGAAUGCAAGGAUGCACCGAGGGGCUGUUCCACCAGAGCCAGAACUACAUAGACAUCUUCUGUGCCAACAUGAUGGAACUGAACCGGAGAGCUGAGGCCAUCGGAUAUACCUACCGCACCCGAGACCUCUUCAUGGAAAACAUCAUGUUCUGCGGUAUGGCCGGCUUCUCCGACUUCUACAAGCUACGCUGGCUGGAGGCUAUUCUCAGCUGGCAGAAGCCCCAGCUGGGAUGCUUCGGGAAGCCUGAUGCAAAGGGGGAGCUUCCGGAAGACACGCCACAUCAGCAGGGCGUUCUGAGAAGAGUACGGAGACGGGAAAAAUUGUUCACAGACGGCUGCUCUUGCCACAACACAGCCACCGCAGUCGCAGCCCUGGGUGGCUUUCUCUACAUCCUGGCAGAAUUCCACCCAGACAAUGGAGAGCCCCAUCCACCCGCACAGUCACCAGAGAGCAGCUAUCAAGAUGGCACUCCCAUACCUUAGGUCCAGAGGACUGGCAUGUCUUCUUAGAUCCUGGGGUCAGCGGUCACAUGCCGAGGGGGCACCUGGGGAAAGUGAGCAGCUAUAAUCCCAUCGCCACAUCUGGGUAUUUAAAAGUCUUUUGAGAGCGGGGUCAGGAAAGACAGGGCUGGAGAACGGGGUGGACCCAAGGUCAGCAGAAUACACACAGCACAACUACAGCUCAGUCUUCUGUCUUUUUGUAUACAUAUCGGAUCGUUCAUUUGCUCGUUUGUUGAGAUGGGAUCUCCCUGUGCAUCCCUGGCUGGACUGCAAUUCAGAGCCCUGUCUGCUUCUACCUCCCAGGAGCUGAAAUCAAAGGUGCCCAUCCAGCUGUGUAUCAGAUCUUGACAUGUACUUCAGACUGGGCACACGAUCCUCCUGCUUCCACUUCCAGAGUGCUAGGAUCACAGGAGUGUGCCGCCACACCCUGUUGGGAGUUGAGUCUGGGUUCUCAGUCCUAAGGACAGUCUCAGAUGACUGCAGGGUCUCUGUUUCAAGUCCCCACUCGGAGUCAGCUCAGAUCCUGAAUGGUGCCAGGGUCCUACUCUGUUCUCUGCAGCUGUGAGAGAACCUGAGUCUGGGAGACUUACAGGCAAUGGAGACUUGUUUGGCCUACCGUUCUGGAGUCUGUGAGAUGCAAGGGCCCGUGCGCUGCUUCAUAGCAUGCAUGAGACAGAGAUGGGGAGAGAGACUGCAGUAAGCCGGACCCAUGCCAUGAUGACAAACACUCCUGACAAGCAUGGCAUGAAUCCUAUCAGAAGCACCCAGAACCGAAUCUCCUUCUAACAGUCCCCGUCUUAGUGUACGUUUUUAUUGCUGUGAAAAGACACCAUGGCCAGGCGGUGGUGGCGCACGCCUUUAAUCCCAGCACUCAGGAGGCAGAGGCAGGCGGAUGUCUGUGAGUUCGAGGCCAGCCUGGUCUACAAGAGCUGGUUCCAGGACAGCCAGAGAUACACACACAAAUAAAUAAAUAAAUAA